AUGAUUGAAGCUGAUGACGCAGUGCCCGGCGAGAUGCCACGCCCCUCUGUUGGUGCAAGCAGCACCGGGCCGAGGAUCCCACCUCAGGCGGGAGGAUCAGCUGUUGUCGCCCAGAGGUGGGAGGACAUUCAAGCUAUCAUGAGAUCUGCUGAGGAUGAAUCCUGGAAGCCUUUACCUCUUCGGAUUCCCAAGAUGUCCUUCAAGAUGUUGCUUGAUGCCUUGCUGCCGGACACAGGCUCUCGGAACUACUUCGCAGUGAAUGUAGGAGCUCGGGAGGGGCUCUUCCAUGAUCCAGUUUAUCCACUCUUUGCAGAUGGCUACAGAGGUCUGGCGAUAGAAGCCGACCCUCAGUGGUACGAAAAUCUCACGGCCAACCUGGCAGAAGUUAACAGCAGCAAGGCUGUUUUCAUCGUCAAGGAGAAAGCCCAGCCCUACACCAUGAAGGAAGUCUUGGACAGGUUCCAGACACCACUGGAUUUUGAUUGUCUCAAGAUCGACAUCGACAGUAUAGACUUGCCGAUAUUGCAGAGCAUUCUGCAAACUGGGUUCUCGCCCAAGAUGUUCAUGAUCGAAGUGAACUACGACUUUCCGCCACCUUUCCAGUUUGCGCUCGAGUUUGAUUUGGACUGUAAGGCGAAAUUCUCUGAAGGGACCUUUGGUGCAUCUCCCGACGCAAUCUUCCGGGAGGCUUCUUUGCGCGGCUACUCGCUAGUGGCAUUUGAGGCGAUGGAUCUAGAAAGCGAAUUUGUGUAUAAUGAGCACAACAUGUGGUUCGUGCGCAAUGACCUGUUGGGACGAAGUGCCGAUGAUCCGGCUGUGACUUGGCGUGGCAUGGUGCGCAUGUACUGGGCGCAGUUUGCGAUGCUGCCAUGCCUUCAUGUGGGUUUUUAUCUGUCCACUGGAAAAUGGAUGUGCCCGAAGAGCCAGAUCAGAGAAAUCUUUUCCGAGCUGGGAGGCAACCACACGAGCUGGCCACUAGCGAAGAUGUCACACUACCUUUCGCAACGGGCAGCAAGAUCGAUGUUCUAUCUGUCAUCUUGGCGACACCAGCUGGAGAGGCAGCACAAAAUCACCUUCAAGUGGUGCGUCCUUGCCCCCUCUGCAGUCCUCCGGCCCCAGGCUCCAGCUCCUCGUCGUCUCGCACAGCGGCAAGCACUGCGCUUAAGUGCGUCUCGCCGCAACGGCUAUGUUGCAGAGCUGGCGGUGCGAAAGCCCUCUGAGCAGGAUUCUGAGACAUCCGACGGCGAGUCCGAGGCAGAAGGGCCCAUCGCAUGGCUUCACGUUUACGACCUGCAUGGGACCCAGGGUACCAACAGCACGCUGCAGCCCGUUGGUUUGGGCAUCUACCAUGCGGGCAUUGAGCUGUUCGGCGUGGAGUGGGCGUAUGGGUACGUCGGCGUGCAGGCCGUGGCAUGGUCUUGA